AUGGCCGAAACCCCUUCAACCCCUUUCCCGGGCCGAGCCCAACCCCAGCCCGAAUCGGGCCUCGAUUCCCCUCAAUACUGGUGCUACCACUGCGACAGGCGCGUCGCCGUCGAAACCCUACCGGAUCUCCCCGACGUCGUCUGCUGCGACUGCAAGAACGGCUUCGUGGAGUCCAUCUCCGCCGCGGCCCUCCCCUCCCCGGACGCCGCGGCCGAUCCCCUGGCCGAUCCCGCCCUCGGAAGCCAGUUCAUCCAGGUCCUCCGCCUCAUCGCCCAGGCGGCGCGCGAGGAGGACGCGCCGCCCCCUCUCCCAUCCGAUCCGUCCGAUGACGACUACCUCCGGAUCGAGAUGGACGGAUGGGACAACGAGAACGAUGAUGACGAUGAGGAGGACGAGCGGUCGGUCGAGGUCGUCCACGAGGAGGAGGACGCCGCCGCGGACACCGGAUCUGAUGGCGAGGAGGGAAACGGAAUCGAUGUGGUGGAGCCGCCGGCCGUCGGGGAUGAUGGUGAGGAUGACGAUGAAGAUGAAGAUGAAGAUGAGGACGAGGAGGAGAUGCGCAGAACCAGGCGAGAUAUCCUCAGGCUAAGCCUCAGGGACAUUGCCUCCCGAGCAGCCACCCGGCGGGACAUGAUCCUCGACUGGGCAGAUAUUCUGAUGGGGCUUGAGGACCACGCGCUUGAGCUGAGACUCCAGGUUUCAGAUUCCAACAUCUAUGUCGGGAACCCAGGAGAUUAUGUGAACGCUGCCGAAUACGAAGCCUUGCUGCAGAAUUUGGCGGACAGCGACAGCGGGGCCAAGCGUGGGGCUCCGCCGGCCGCAAAAGCGGCGGUGGAGGGGCUGAAGAGUGUGGUGGUGGAGAAGGAGGAGGAAGUGAUGGUUUGUGCUAUUUGCAAAGAUACUGUGAAUGUGGGUGAAAUUGCCAAGAAUUUGCCUUGUGGGCAUGGUUAUCAUGGUGAGUGUAUUGUGCCCUGGCUGGGGUCGAGGAAUACGUGUCCUGUAUGCAGGUUUGAGCUGCCUACGGAUGAUCCGGAUUACGAGGAGGAGAGGAAACAGAGGGUGGUUGUGGCGGGUUUAAGGGCGGCAUCUUCUGGUUCUUCUUCUGGAGGUGGCCAUGAUUCUGGAUUGGAAUGA